ACAAUUUUGUUGAGUUUUACCUCGCGUUCUUUCAGACCGCUAUUCCCCUAAGAUUCCGUAUUCGCUAUUGUGCAUUAUCUCCAUCACAAGUGUGAGUCGUUCAGAGAGAUCGCCGCACAAUUAAGGAGCCAUUAGAGCCGAACUUGACGUCUUGUUAGCUGUGCAGCUCGCAGAAAGCUUCUGCUGAUCGGCGAGAAGGAACUUCUGUGCACGGACGCGGAGACAGUCGAGAGAUUCGAUUUCUCAAACAUCCACCCUUCGUGGUAGAGCUGGUGGGGCCUAGUUGGUGGUUUGUAUUCUCGGAGGCUGCUUGGAAGUUCUGGAAGCUCCGACCAUCCAGCACAGACAAUGAGUAAUCCAGAAUCAGGAGAGAACCAGGGCGGACCUUCUAGUUCAUCGGAGCACAAGGAGUUCAUCAAGCUCAAAGUCAAGGGUCAAGAGGGCGACGAAAUCCAUUUUCGAUUGAAGAUGACAACUCCCUUCAGUAAAAUCAAGAAGAACUACGCCGAGAGAGUAGGCGUGGCUGCUGGCUCGAUACGACUGAUCUUCGACGGAAACCCCGUCUCUGACAGCGACACACCGCGGAACCUGUCUCUCGAAGACGACGAUAUCAUUGAAGCUUUUGUGGAGCAGACUGGGGGCAUGCUUCCCGGGCUGUCGGCAUGCUAAUCCAAGUAAACCGAGGUCAAGAUAUCGACGAAUCAUACUUUCCCGUGGCUCUUGUCACACGUAACUGGAUGUAAAUUGACCAAGCGAAGGAGCGUAAAGAGCUCUGAGAGACCAACUCCACCUGUAAACAACUCUCAGCGAGCAGGACAUGUAAUAUAGACUGAUGUACAUAAUGAA